GCCAGGGGUAGUCGAGGUCUAUGCUCAGCUCGUAAGCAACGCCACCAUAUUAUGAGGUGGCCUAGCGCAGGGUUUUUAUUUUUUAAAAAGGGGCCUUGUCUCGAAGUUGCUAAGAUUGUCUUUGACAUCAUCUGUCGCAUAUAAGGUGCGACUCUGAAUUCGUUUUUAUUGUGUUCAACAACAAUUUUUGGUUCCAUUAUAAUUGCUUAAUCCGUUUUAAUUUCCUUAUGAUCAAUGCUUAUAAGAAGACCAGAGACUGCGGUUUGCAUCGGUCUACUUUCGAAGUGCUUUAGUACUGCCUACUACCUUACCCAGAAGCUCGGCAAUCAUGGCUGAUGCCACUGUCAAGUCCGAAGCAGAUAGUGUAGGAAAACCUAUCACCAUCCGACGCAGUGCGAGGAAUGCUGGGAAGAAUGGUGUAAAUGUACCAAUCAAACAAGAAAAUCUGCCUGCGAACGUAGCAACACCUCCAGCAAAUCGCCAAAGGAAAAGAGUUAGGGUCAAGAAUGAGGAUGAGGAAGAGACAGGCGAAGCUAAGCCUGUAACCAAGUCAGCGAAAAGAAAGGCUGCAUCUACUGCUGCACCAUCGCGGGUCAAAGCUGAGACACUCAGCCCCAGAAAAGACCUUGCAAGCAGGGCAAAGAAAGGCAGAAGCAAAGAGGGCAGCAAGGACAAGGGUACGGACAGGGACAGGGAUAAGGAAGAGGAGCUCCGGGCGAAGAAACUGAAGUCCUACUCGCAAUUCGCCAACACGUCGCCGUACCCGGACUUCCCGCAGCCAACGCCCGAGGAGUGCCAGCGCGCCUACGAUGUCCUGGCCAAGCUUCACGGGGAGCGGAAGCGGCCGGAGAAGGUGCUCAGCGCGCCGAGGGACCGGGCCGGGUGCGGGGACUCGCCGUCGGUGCUGGACGCGCUGGUGCGCACGGUGCUCUCGCAGAACACGAGCAACAGCAACAGCGCGCGCGCGAAGCUCGACAUGGACGCGGAAUACGGCGGGUCGGACUCCGAGGAGCGGUGGGGGGCCAUCGCUUCGGGCGGGGCCGCGAGGCUCGAGAAGGCGAUCGCGAGGGGCGGGCUGGGCGGCGUCAAGAGCCGCGUCAUCGUCGACAUACUGAACCAGGUCAAGCUGCGCUACGGCAAGUACUCGCUGGACCACCUGCUCGAGAUCGGGCUCGAGGCCCGCGGGGGGGACGACGACGACGAGCGGGCCAUGCGGGAGCUCCUCUCGUUCCGCGGCGUGGGGCCCAAGACCGCGAGCUGCGUGCUGCUCUUCUGCGUGGGGCGCGCCAGCUUCGCCGUCGACACCCACGUCCACAGGCUGACGGGGAUGAUGGGGUGGCGGCCCGGGUCGGCGUCGCGGGACGAGGCGUUCUCCCACCUCGACGCGAGGGUGCCGGACCCGCUGAAGUACGGCUUGCACGUCCUGCUCAUCGAGCACGGCCGGACGUGUGCCGAGUGCAAGGCCGGUGGGAAGAGCUUGGGGAAGUGCGAACUUAGACAGGCGUUCAAGAGGAAGAGUCGCGACGGAGAGGAGGAGAUGGCCCGGACGGCGGAGGAGAAGAGCGCCAAGAGCGAAGAAGACGGCGGCGGCAAUGGGGACGGGAAGUAAGGGUGCGAACCUACCAAAGUGAAGCGGGUAGUGGAGCUUACUUACUAUGUUGUCGGAUCAGUUGAUAGGUCUAGAUGAGGAGUCACUUAGUGCUUAGCUGGCGUUUGGUUGAAGUUUACAUUCUCUCAAGUGCGAGAAGACCUAAGUUCUUGUCCUUCCUUCUUUACGAUUAUUCAUAGAAAUCUAGGGAAGAUGUAGUCGGCUUUGGGCCUAUUCUAACCUAACGUCUUCUGAGCUAGGUAUUUUAUCCCUCAUCUCCGUAUAUCAUCGCAAUGUUCUCGGCGCAUGUUCUCGCGUACCCUUACAUUCGUUUCUAGGCUUUAAUUAUAGUUAGUUAGUCGAUGUAGCGAGUAGUUGUAUCGCAUGCUUCAUAUAAUGUCUCGCG